AUGCCUAAGCCCAAUUACCACGCUGCUGCUGUUGAGGCUGGUAUUAACAAUGCGAACAACGCCCAAAAGAGGUUCCGCGCCAUCGUCAAAGGGGUGGGCUUUGACUUGGUAGACGGCCAGAUCGUCAGUGGUGGCGGCAGUGGACCAGCCCUCACCGCUACAGCAGCCACUUCGAAGAAGGGUCGUGGCAAGAAAGCGGAUGGUGCGGUACCGAAGAAGGCACCAGCGAAGAAGGCGCCGAAUGGCACUGCUAGUAAGAAACGCAAGCUAGAUACGCCAUCUGUGGAUUCCGCCACUGAAGGGGAGAGGGAAGACGAUAGCCCAGAAAAAGGAGAUGCCAUUACCAAGGAGGAGAACACCAGCGAUGGAGCUGCUUAG